AUAUAACCUAAAUAAUAUGACAGUAGGAUGGCGUUGGCUGAUAAAGCGGCAUUUGGCCGGCGUAUUGAGCGUCUCUACACGUACUGGAAGGAUAACUUAGCGCAUAUGGAUUCCUUGUCUAUAGCCGUGACAAACGACGAUGACGUGACUUACAGUAAAGGUAUAAGUCUGAUGAUAUGGUUGCUAGGAUACGAGCUACGAGAUACCAUCAUGUUAUUCUCCAUGGAGGAUAUAUUCGUAAUUUCUAGCAAGAAGAAAACAGAUUUCCUGAGGCCCCUGCGAGAUAUGCUGGCUAAGAAGGAGAAUAUGCCCAAGAUGACCCUCCUCACCAGAAUGAAGGGUGACUCCGGAGCCGAUCACAUGAAGACAGUGAUAGAGAAAGUGAAGGCUCUGAAAUCAGUGGGCCACUUCCCAAAGGACCAUUUUAAGGGGGAACUUGCUAAACAGUGGAACGCUAAGCUCAAAGAAUUGGAAAUAGAUCAGGUAGACGCUACAGCCCACAUAGCGCUGUGUCUCGCUGUUAAAGACGAGCAGGAACUGAGUCAUCUCAAUAAAGUUGCUCAAUAUACGUCCGACAUUUUCAGUAAAUAUCUCCGCAACGAGCUUAUGAAUAUAGUUGACGAGGAAAAGAAGGUAAAGCAUGUGAAGAUGUCUAAUAACAUUGAAAACCUUGUGGCUGAGGGAAAAAAGUGUCUGCUACCUGGCAUGGAUAAAGAUAGCGUUGAAGUAGCGUACACGCCUAUCAUACAGUCCAGAAAGUUCUCUCUGAAGUUCUCGGCCAGUAGCGAUGAGGAGAAGAUAGACUACGCUAACAGGAGCAGUGUUACAGUGUUAUUCGGUACUCGCUACAAAAGUUACUGCUCCAACAUCAGCAGGACUGUUCUAGUGGAGCCUGCAGAGAAGCAGCAGAAGAACUACGAGCUACUACUGGAAAUAGUGGAGAAGGUCUACUCAAUAAUGACGGAGAACACCAAGCUGUCCACUGUGUUCAACAAGUGUGUGGAGUUUGUCAAGGAGAAACGGCCGGAGUGGCUCAACAACUUUCCCAAAAACAUCGGAUUCGGUACGGGGAUUGAAUUCCGGGAACCUAGCUUACUGAUAGGACCUAAAAACGAUAACGUGCUGAAGAAGAACAUGGUCUUUAUCAUUCAAAUAGGUGUUGUUGGUCUAAAGGAGGACGAGAAAGAAUACGCACUAAUGUUGGGGGACACAGUGGUUAUAGGGGAUACGGGAGCCUCUGUUCUCACUCCUUCAAAAAAGAAGAUUAGAAGCGUCAGCAUCUUUCUGAAGGGAGAGGGUGACGCAGAAGAGGAGGAAGAGGAGGAGAACAUAAUGGAGAACAUCACUCGGCAGAGCAGGAGAACAGCUGUAAUUGACAAUAAGCUCCGCCAUGAACCGCUAAGUGACGAUAAAAGAAAGGAGCAUCAGAGAAAACUAGUAGAGAAGCUGAAUCAAGAGGCUAGAGAUAGAUUAUCUGCUAAAAAGAACGGCUACACUGAAAAAAAGAAAGUGCAGACCUCAGUCGCGUUUAAGAAUCUUCAGAGUUUCCCAAGUAACGACCCAGAUAUCAGAAAUCUCAAGAUAAUGGUGGACAAGAAACACGAGAGCGUCAUUAUACCCAUAUUUGGUAUCCCAACUCCAUUUCACAUCUCCACCAUCAAGAACGUCAGUAAAAGUGAAGAAGGAGAUUAUGUCUACUUGAGAACGAACCUUAAUGUUCCAGGAACACAAGUAGCUAAAGACGAACAUUACUCCAACCCUGAGGCCACCUUCAUGAAGGAGAUUACAUUCAGAUCCAACAUGAGGAAAACUCUCGCGGGGGAGGUACCAGCGAUGCACCUGAACAACGCGUUCCGGAUCAUAAAGGAGGUUCAGAAGAAGUUUAAACAGUACGAGAAUGAGAAGAAAGAGAUGGAAGAUGUGAUUGAACAGGAAACUCUCAAGAUAACCCAAACUAAAGGAGUACCCCGACUUAAGGACCUCUACUGCCGACCCAACCUCUCCACUAGACGUGUGAUAGGCACGUUGGAGGCUCACAGCAACGGCUUCAGAUUCCACAACACUCACGGGGGAAAUGUGGACGUGAUAUACAGCACUAUCAGACACGCUUUCUUCCAGCCGUGCGAUAAGGAAAUGUUGAUAAUGCUGCAUUUCUACCUCAAACAUCCCAUUAUGAUAGGUAAAAAGAAGACUUAUCACAUUUGUUUCUACACUGAAGUAGGAGAAAUAAUGACUGAUCUUGGGAAAUCCAGCCAUAUGUAUGACAGGGAUGACAUUGAAGCAGAGCAUGCUGAACGGGAAAUGAGACAGAAACUGAAGGGAGCUUUUAAAAACUUUAUUGAAAAGGUAGAAGCUCUGUCCAAAGGAAAAGUAGAGUUCGACACGCCCUUCAGGGAACUAGGGUUCUUUGGAGUGCCCUUCAGAUCAAGUUGCAUGCUGCAACCAACUACACACUGCCUUAUCAACGUUAUAGAGUGGCCACCAUUUGUGAUCGCUCUGGAGGAAGUUGAACUGAUCCAUUUUGAGCGUGUGCAAUUCCAACUGAAGAACUUUGACAUGGUAUUCAUCUUCAAAAAUUACUCCAGAAAGAUUGAGAUGAUCAACAGCAUACCCAUGUCCUCUUUGGACGCCAUCAAAGAGUGGCUCAACUCCUGUGAUCUGAAGUACACUGAGGGGGCUAUCUCACUGAACUGGCCCAAAAUCAUGAAAACUAUCAACGAUAACCCUGACAACUUCUUCGAGGAUGGAGGUUGGAAGUUUCUCGAUCCCGACAGUGAAGAGGAGGGAGAAGGCGAGGACAGUGACGCGGCAGGAGAUGAGAGUUGGGGACCAGGUGAGGUGAAUUCCGACGAGGAGGAGGGGUCCGAGGAGAGCGACUCGGACGAGGAAUACAACUCUGAGGAUUCUUCUGCAGCAGCUGCUUCAGCCGGUAGUUCGUCUGGUUCGGGUUCUUCAGAAGAGUCCGGGAAAGACUGGUCCGACCUGGAGGAAGAAGCAAGGAGAGACGACCAGAGGAGACUGAGAGAGGAGCGCGAGGACGACAGUCCUAAGAAGAAGAGGAAGAUAGCCCCUCCUCCUCCGGGCAAAUCUUCCAGCAAAUCUUCCUCAAAGAAGAAGAAACGCAGAUGAGGGAACUGCGCGUCUUAUGCCGGUUUAUCCAAAUCAGGCCGUCACAAAGCUCCUCAAAUAUCUAUACACUAAAACCGUGCCCUGCCACCCGACCCCCAAGCAGCUAACCACUCGAGUUUUAACCGAAUAUAUUUGACGUAGGCGUGUUUUUAAUUUGCUAUAUCAUGUUACUGAGACUUGUGGUCCUUUUAUUUCUCCAAACAGGCCAGCUUGCUACAAAAUGAUUGGUUUUUACUUCAAACUAUGUCUCCCUGACUGAGUCUGGUUUUAUCCUCGACUUGGUUACCGAUACAUCCACUUCUUAAAUAUUAUAUUUCGAUUAUUUUUAACGAA